AUGAUUUCAGCAAUCUGGCUCCUUCUGCUGCUGCUUCUUCUUCUUCUUCUUCUUCUUCUACUGCUGCUGCUGCUGCUGCUACGAUGGAGCAAGGCUUCGAUCCAAACAGGAUCUCUUGGCAACCUAGCCCAUGCACAUAGAUGCGGCCAACCCUUCUAUUCGGAGGCUAUUGCUCUUGGUCAGUGGCACUCUUAUCAGCGACCGUCUCUCCUGUGGUCUUCCAUCACAGAAGGCACUCGAGGCGGCGGCUAG